AUGUUGCUGCUGAUUGUGAUUAUGGGCCGCUGGCUUUUGCCUCGAGACGGCAUCAGCCGCGAUCAACUCUCCCAGCUGCUGUUGAUCAACAUCGGCACAGCAGCAGACAUUCUUGAAAUCUUCGAGGCCUUCAACGAGGAGGAGGUGCGCCAAAACCAGCUUCUCCGCAUCCUCAUUCUCACCCUCUGGCAGGCGAGUCUGUUGCAGUUCUGCUUCAACAAGACGGCCACUCGAACGCCCCGUCGGCACCGGCGCUCGCAGGCGAGUCCGCCAGAGCUGGCCGCAGCUCUGCUGACGCAGACUCGCAGCUCCCUCGGUCAGAGUCCCUCCUCGGCGUCGGUGGCCGCCACAGUCAGCCUCGACUUGAGUCGCAGUCACUCGGGCGUCGACUUUCGAGAGGCGAAAAAACAGGUCACCAUUCGUCCUCCCUCACCACGGUCUCAGCCUCGUGCGCGAGAUCGGCGUUGCUGUGCCGGUCGCUGUGGCUCCCGCGUGCUCAGCGCCUCCUCGAGCUCGAGUUCCGACCUAGUCCGACUCGAGGAUGGCCGGCCGAGACACGGGGCCAGACGAGAGUCAGCCAGG